AUGGCGGCGGAGAUCCAGCCCAAGCCGCUGACCCGCAAGCCGAUCCUGCUGCAGCGGGUCGAGGGGUCCCAGGAGGUGGUGAAUAUGGCCGUGAUCGUUCCCAAGGAGGAGGGCGUCAUCAGUGUCUCCGAGGACAGGACAGUUUGCGUAUGGUUAAAGAGAGAUAGUGGACAAUAUUGGCCAAGCAUAUAUCAUAUGAUGCCUUCUCCAUGUUCAUGCAUGUCUUUUAACCCGGAAACAAGAAGACUGUCCAUAGGUCUAGACAAUGGUACAAUCUCAGAAUUUAUUUUAUCAGAAGAUUAUAACAAGAUGACUCCUGUGAAAAACUAUCAAGCACAUCAGAGCAGAGUGACGAUGAUCCUGUUUGUUCUGGAGCUGGAAUGGGUGCUGAGCACGGGACAAGACAAGCAGUUUGCCUGGCACUGCUCCGAGAGUGGGCAACGCCUGGGAGGCUAUCGCACCAGUGCCGUGGCCUCGGGCCUGCAAUUCGAUGUUGAAACCCGGCAUGUGUUUAUUGGUGACCAUUCAGGCCAAGUAACCAUCCUCAAACUGGAACAAGAAAACUGCACCCUGGUCACAACAUUCAGAGGACAUACAGGUGGGGUGACUGCUCUCUGUUGGGACCCGGUCCAGCGAGUUUUGUUCUCCGGCAGCUCUGAUCACUCUGUAAUCAUGUGGGACAUCGGUAGGAGAAAAGGAACUGCCAUCGAGCUCCAAGGACACAAUGACAAAAUCCAGGCCCUCUCCUAUGCACAGCACACACGGCAGCUCAUCUCAUGUGGCAGUGAUGGUGGCAUAGUCAUCUGGAACAUGGAUGUGGAAAGGCAGGAGACCCCUGAAUGGUUGGACAGUGACUCCUGCCAAAAGUGUGAUCAGCCUUUCUUCUGGAACUUCAAGCAAAUGUGGGACAGUAGGAAAAUUGGCCUAAGACAGCACCACUGCCGCAAGUGCGGGAAGGCCGUCUGCGGCAAGUGCAGCUCCAAACGCUCCUCCAUCCCCCUGAUGGGCUUCGAGUUUGAAGUGAGGGUCUGCGACAGCUGCCACGAGGCCAUCACGGAUGAAGAACGAGCGCCCACAGCCACUUUCCACGACAGUAAACACAACAUUGUGCACGUGCAUUUCGAUGCAACCCGGGGAUGGCUGCUGACUUCGGGAACUGACAAGGUUAUUAAGUUGUGGGAUAUGACCCCAGUAGUAUCUUGA